GGUGGAAACCAUCACCACCACCUGCCGACGCCUUCCGCGCCAUAUGACCGUCUCAAAGGACCUGCUGCUGCUGCUGCUGCUGCUGCUCCUGCCGCCGCUGCUGCUGAUUCUCGUACAAGUGACAACUCAGUUGACAGGAUGACAUGGCGUCCUCAGUACCGCAGCUCCAAGUUCCGCCACGUGUUUGGUAAGGCCGCCACCAAGGAGAACUGCUACGAUGGCGUGCCAAUCACGCGCAACGUCCAGGACAACAACUUCUGCGCUGUCAAUCCACGUUUCCUGGCAGUCAUCACUGAGUGUGCCGGGGGAGGGGCCUUCCUGGUCCUGCCUCUCCAUCAUACAGGUAAAGUGGACCCACACCACCCCAGAGUGUCGGGCCACAGAGGGAACGUGUUAGACAUCAAAUGGAAUCCCUUUGAUGACUGCUGCAUCGCCUCUGCUUCUGAGGACACAACGGUGAAGGUGUGGGAAAUCCCUUCUCACGGUUUGCUGAAGAACCUCACGGCGUCGCUGAAAGAGCUUCAGGGUCACAGUCGCAGAGUGAGCCUCAUUGAGUGGCAUCCAACUGCAAACAACAUCCUCUUCAGCACAGGCUAUGAUUACCAGAUCAUGAUCUGGAACCUGGACUGUUCAGAGCAGGUGAUAAAGAACCCAGUUCGUACCAUUAGCCACCACACAGACGUGGUCCUGUCCAUGUCUUUCAACGCAGACUGCAGCCUCCUCGCCUCCUCCUGCAAAGACAGGAAGAUUCGACUGAUGGAGCCGCGCUCAGGAAACCUACUGCAGGAAGCCAACUGUAAGACACACAAAGCCAACAAGGUGCUGAUCCUGAGUAACCUGAAGAAGCUCGUCACAUGUGGCGCUUCACGCUGGAAUGAGCGACAGAUCGCUUUGUGGGAUCAGGACGACAUGUCUGUGCCUUUGUUGACAGAGAACCUGGAUGGUUCUUCGGGAGCACUCUUUCCUUUCUACGACCCUGACACACACAUGCUGUACCUCGCUGGGAAGGGCGAUGGGAAUAUCCGAUACUAUGAGAUCAGCUCAGAAAAACCCUACAUCCAGUUCCUGACAGAGUAUCGGUCAAACACACCUCAGAAAGGAAUGGGUGUGAUGCCAAAGAGAGGCCUGGAUGUGAGCUCCUGUGAAGUGUUCAGGUUCUACAAACUCGUAACAAUUAAGAGCCUUAUUGAGCCACUAUCCAUGAUUGUACCCCGCAGGUCAGAGUCGUAUCAAGAAGACAUCUAUCCGAUGACACCUGGGAACAAGCCUGCUUUGACUGCAGAGGAAUGGCUCAGUGGCAUCAACAAAGACCCAGUGUUGAUGUCUCUAAAGCCUGGAAGUCAAAUCGUUGAGUCGAAUUCAGAGAUUAGCAAAGGGCUUGGAAAUCAACGUGACAUUCGCAGGUCUCAGAGCAGACCGGGCAUGCUACAGCUGGCGUACAUUCAGGACCAACUAGGAACCAAAGACAGCACAGAGGACAGUAGCCAUGCCGACGGCGACCGGAGUCAGCUGUCCGUUAGCAAUGGAGAAGAACUGGCACUUUUCUCUCCUCCAAGGACAGAGAACGAGAUGCUUCUAAAGUUCCAUAAGCAGCAGGAGGAAAUCCGACGACUCAGGGAGCUCCUUAACCAGAGAGAUGUGCGCAUUAAACAGCUGGAGCUGGAAAUUAAGAACGUCAAAAACUCCUCUCAGUCUCAGGGCUGACUUUAACAUUUUCAUCCUCACUUUCUCACGGGACACAUGCAUUACUAUAUAAACUCACUCACCCUAUUUUGGCACCAACACGCACUUUUUAGGGUCCUGACUCACGUUUCUUCCUCUGACGAGCUCCGAUAUUCACUGCACAGGGGAAAUUUAAACCUCAACUUUGUUUUCGCAGUCUUUGUCAAUUCUACACCAGUUGCACAUAUUUUUUGGUUCAUGUAGAUGCAACGUAAAAAAAACCCUCUUUGCACCUUUUUUGCUCUUUUCCUUGCUUCUUUUGUAUACGCUCCACAGCUAUGCAAGUUUCUUGUCAUUUUUAGCUUUGAAUGCUCUUUGUAUGUGAGUCUGUGCCUGUCAUGAGUGAAUGAUGUGGCUGUUUGAGUGUUGUCUGAAAGUUGUUGCAGGACAGAAUUGAUGUGAUUGUAAUGAUAAUGCUUCCAUGCUUGGUGAUUUUUAUUUUUAUUUUGUCAUUACAAACUACUGUUGGAACAGAGAGGUCCAAACUCUGAGACGUCUCAGACUUCUGGACUACAGAAUCUGUGCUUACAUGAGAGUGAGAGCUAAAUGAAUGACUUUAAAUCCAUUGAGCUGCAUUUGCCUAAUCGUUUUUUUAUUUCCGAAUGACUGGAAAAUUACUGGAAAAUCAAUGUCACUCACUGCAGCUAUUGUGUAAGCCAAUUUUACAUUUGAUGCCAUGUUGCAGUUUUGCUUUUGAUUUUUUUAAUAUUUAUUUUAAAAUACAAAUGAUGACAAACACAACAAAACCAAUUACUUCACUUUACUUCAAUUUUGGAAAAUACUGCACACAAACUGUUUCCUUCUGCUGUUUGGUGACGUGAAGUCAGUUUGAGGAAAAAGCCAUUGCUAGAGAAACCAUUUUAACACCAUUUGUGUUCCAUCAUUGUAGCUUUUGAUUUUCACUGUAUUUUUCAAUUUAGCAUCUGUUUAUUGCUCUUUGUAAAACAUCAAUGUGUGAUAUUGCGGGUUUCUUUUCAUAUUUGACGCUAAAGGGAGUUAUCUACAGUUAUUUGGACAGUGGGACAGUGAAAGACAUCUGUAUGGACCAAUAUCAAAUUUUAAAUAUUUGCUAUCAUUUUGGACAUGCUAUAAUUCUACAUUUUUUAACUGAAUGUGUUGCGUUUCUAGCAACACAUUCUUCGACGUGUUUAAUAAAAUGGUUUAUGACCACACUGAUGACAUUCCCAACAGCCUCAGGUGUUCUCCAUUUAGAGGGCAUUUGCUAUUGUUAACAUUCUAAUCUUUGUUUUGUUAAAUACGUCAUAUUGACAGUCCACGUUACCACAAAACAUUUAAAUGAAAACAGGUCAUUUACAUCCUUCAGUUUCAUUUCAAGACUGGGUUUUAACGUGAAUAUUCAGAAUGUCAGAGUGUUUCAAAUACUUCUGUCUAGUUAGCUAACAUGCUAAUCUGAAAUUAGCUAAACUUAAAACAUAAGUGUAUUGCAUCAUCUCUGUGAAUAUGUUAGCAUGCUAGCGUUAGCCUUUAGCUCAAGGUUUUUCUGCAUUUAAUUACACACUGCCUUCAUUAGCAUAUAUUUAAGAAAGUAUCCUGUUUUCAUAUGAUCUUAGCAUCAAUGUGAGGAAGUCUUUAAGUUUUUAGAAAAAAUAAACAGAUUUUCUUUAAUGGUAAUUUACCGUAGCACAAUGGGCCAUCCAGACAAACAACACUGCAAUAAUCUGACUUUCUGGAACAAACUAUUUCAGAUUUUGCACAGACCAAGAAGACGUUGUCAUGGUUAAAGUACUUAUUGAUCCUGGAUCCUAUUGAACCUGUUGAAAACAAAUCUCAUGAUCCACUUACUCUGGAGCUUUCAGUGGGAAUUCAUUAGUAGCUGGUACAUGGACCAUUUGUGGAUUAUUUGAGUUUAUGAAAAAUGAAUUGUUCAACUUUUGAGCCAAUAACGCGAAUAAGUCCUGUAAGUGUCUAGAAUAACAAUGUUUUAUAGAAGCUUUAUAUUAAUUUGGAAAUGAAAACUUGUGCUGUGAUUGAAAGCUCAAAAAACAGCAGUGACUGUAGGUUCUGCUGUCAGAUCAGUUUUCUGAUAAUUGCUGCUUUUAGAAAUGCGGCAGAUUUUUAUUUUUAUUAUUAUUUUUUUCUACAAAGAACAAGAAAGUUUUCCCUCUUCUGACACUGAGGUGCGGAGAGAAUGGAUGUAAAUGUGCAUAGAUUUCACUAGUAUUCGCUUACACAUACACAAAUGUAGUAAAUAAACAAGAUAUAUUCAGUUUAAAUGACUAUACGUGCCCGAGUUCGAUGACAAGUGAUAAUAACGAUCAUUUAAAAAAAGUGAUGAGUGGAAACUGGCACGUCAACUGACAAAGUGGUUUUGAAUGCUGUUGUGACCUCUUUGACCUCUUUGACCCCUCUGUCAGGACAGUUCUAGCUCAGUUUCAGCUCUGGCUAGCUUUUGUGUCAGCCAGGGUCUUUUCUAACUGCUGCUGCUGCUGACAGUGAACACGUUUCAACACAUUUGCCCUGUGAGCUGCUGCUCUUGCUGCUGGUCAGUGGACUGGGGGCUGUUUGUCCACAUUUUACCAGUGAAGAGAAACAGAUUCAUUGACGUCUUCUUUUCUGUCCCAGAAACAUCAGCAGUAAAAGUUAUCCAAAUAAAUGUUUUUUUUUUUUUAAAUUGGUAUUACAGCUGGUGCAACCAUAUUAAUACAGUAGGACAGUCAGACUAUAAUUAGCAGUGUAAAGUUGACUAUGACCCUGGGGACAAUAAUAUCUUAGAUGGCACUUGGUGUCUACAAAGUGUGUGGAGUUUGGACAUGUACUGCAUGGAAAAGGUCUGGAUUGUUGUAGAAUGGGGAAUGUAGGCCUGAUUUGUGUUUUUCAUGACUGGUCCACUACUGACCAAACUAGACGGUCUGUGGCCCCCAGGUCAUUUGAGUUUAAGACCCCUGGUUCAGUUGUAAAUGACCGCAAUAGCCUUUAAACUGAAUCAGAUUCCACAAACUCCACUAACUGCAAGGAGCAACAAAUGAUCCAACUCAAUGAACUGUUCACACCCUUUCAGUCUUCUGGUGUAUUGUUACAUCUUGCAAUACUUUGAAAUAGAGUAUAUUAAGACAUACUUUAUGUGUGUUUUUUCUUUUUCAAAAGCACUGAGCGAAUUUUAAAAGUGUGGUACACUGACGAUUGCAUUUUCUCACAGAAAACUGUCGCAAAUGAUCAUUAUUGUGUUCCUCUGUUAUGGUUAUGGCCAAUACCAAGUCCUCACACAGUAACCUUUCAACAAAUCAAAUCAGAAAUAAAACACUGUCAGUCUAUUCCAGAGAGUUCUUUUAAAGCACAUACAUUCUGACAGUCUGUCUUGGCAUGAUGGAGCAAUAAUGUAAUGGCAGAGUCAGAGUCUGAUUUAAUAAACCCAUUUCAUUGCUGUAA